ACUUCCCCCCCCCCCCACCCGUCAAACCCCGGGCCCAAUGAGGCGAUGUGGGGUGCCGGGAGGGAGCCUCGGGGAGGUGGGAGGCACACAAACACUCGGACAUUGCUGCUGUCGCUGCUGUAGCUGUAGCCGCUGCUGCUGUAGCUGUAGCCGCUGUAGCCGCUGCUGUCCCUGAUCCGACACCAGCGCAGUCGCUCAGCCCCUUUUUUUAAUUCGUCCACGUUCACGGCCGCGCACACUCACCACGCUACAGCGUUUGCCGGCACAGCGGGCUGCUGUUGUUGCUGGAAAACAGCAUUGGACCUCGACGAUCCCGACGGAAAAUAAUUAACUACGGACGCAGUGAUAGCAGAACAAGAAGAAGUGUGGCGAAGGGCUGCCGCAGUCGUGACAAGCGGUGUUUGUUGAUGGUGCUGCUCCAAGCGAAGCAAAUGCUCUGGGCCCACGUGAUCGCGAGCGGACACGGCGCUGGGUGGCUCCGUGUGAUUUGAUACAAAGACGAGAGAACCGACAGCUGUGAUGGACGGAUUUUACGACCAAGAAGUGCCUUACACGGCCAGUGGCCCGCCAGAUCGCUUGGUCAAGCACGUAUUGGAUGGAGCUGUGGGUUUGGCACAGGAGUCUGAAGAACUUUUCCAAGACCUCCGUCAGCUUCAGGAGGCCUGGCUCGCAGAAGCCAAAGUCCCAGAUGAGGAUGAGCAGUUUGUGCCAGACUUCCAAGCAGAGAACCUGGCGUUCCACGCGCCGUUCGUGAAGGUGAAGAAGGAGGCUCCCAGCCAGUGCCUGGGGCCGGCGUCCGCCUGCAGCCAGGAGCCACCGCCGCGCCUCGCGUAUCCCUCGCCUAACCUCGCCAGUCCCAACGCCUACAUGCAGAAUGGCGGUGCCGAAGGCUUGAAGCUCGGGGGGACCCCGACGCCGACCUGCACGCCCGCACUGUCUCCCCUGCAGCCGUCGCCGGCAACGGUCGCGGCGGCCCCGGGGCCGGUGGCGCUAGCGGCCGUGUCGGGGCCCCCGUCCCGGCCCCCGGGGCCGGCGGGGGCGGCGCCGUCUCCGUCGCCCACGCGCUCCAAGCCCGGCGCAUCCUUCUCCUCCUCAUCCUCGUCGGUACCGUCACAGGGCUACAGCAACGUGGCGGCGACGCUGCCCAACCCGGCCGAGAGCGCCUUCUACCAGGACGGCCGGCUGCAACGACAGCUGUCGGAUCCGUGCCCUCCAUUCCCGCUGCACGUGGCACGCUCCGGCUGCCCGCAGUUCCACCGCCAGGCGUCGGAGCCACUCUCGGCGGGCCCCUUUCCCCCGCAGGGGCCCCCAGGCGGCCUCAAGCAGGAGUACGUGGGGCCGCAGGGAUAUCCCGGGGAGGAGCUGUACCCCGGGCCUCCCCGCCAGCACCCCCACGGCCGCACGCACCACACACUAGGGGGGGGGCCACCCCCCCCUUUCCAACCUCCUCCCGUCUCCAUCAAGCAGGAGAGGAACGAGUGCCCCUACCAGAUGGACAUGCCCAGCUGCCCACCGAUGUACAUGGGUGGGGACGGCUUCACCAACUCCAAACACAGCGAAGCGUUCAUGUACGAGAAGGAAGGGAGGUCGUACUAUGACGAUGCCUGUGUCGUACCAGACCGGUUUGAGGGUGGGGACGUGAAGCCCGAGGUUUGUGGGUUCCGCGAGAGCCUGCCGCCCGUGUACCCACGCCGUGGCUCGCUGCAACUCUGGCAGUUCCUGGUGGCGCUGCUGGAGGACCCGGCCCAUGCCGGCACCAUCGUGUGGACUGGGCGCGGCAUGGAGUUCAAGCUGCUCGACCCGGAGGAGGUCGCUCGGCUGUGGGGCAUCCAGAAGAAUCGGCCAGCCAUGAACUACGACAAGCUGAGCCGUUCCCUGCGGUACUACUACGAGAAGGGCAUCAUGCAGAAGGUGGCGGGCGAGCGGUAUGUCUACAAGUUCGUGUGCGACCCGGAGGUGGUCUUCUCGCAGGCCUUCCUGGACGGCCAGCGGCCUCUCGUGAAGUCGGAGUGCCGCAGAGCGCCCAGCGACGGCACCACCGUGCCGCUGUCGCACUUCGACGACUCCACCACCACCACCACCACGGCGCCGCCGCCCCCCCCCACGUACGUCGGGGAGUUGGCGAGCGCCGCCACCUACGCAGAUGCCUACAGCUACUGACGUGCGCUCAGGGGCUCCCCUCCGUGGGUCUCUCCGUCCGUAGGUUCUUCCGUACACUCGGUGGUGUCGCCCUCUCGAGCGGUGCAGGCGGCGCGUCGUGCCGCGCUGCAGCCCCCUGGGCCCGGGGUGGUGGGGGGGGGGGGGGGGCCAGGUGCCAGGAUAUGAAGAUUCGGGGAUAUUGGACAGUAGGGAGGAAGGCCCCAUUUGGUUCCUCGCAUCGGGGCCCACGUCAAAUUCCGUUAAACCGCUCGGUCUGUAGGUCCCUCCGUGGGUCCUUCCCCCCCCCGACCCCUCAGCCACCUGACUGGUCUAUCUCCUACGGCCCCGUCCACUCACGUAGGCGAAAGAGGGUUUCUCCCUACUGCUGGUGGGGGGGGGGGGGGGGGGGCACGGCGGGGAGACAGCACGGUCACGCGGUCGCCCGCGUCGAUGGAGUUUUCUCGCGGUGCUUCACGUGACCGCUGGAACCACGGUUAGCGGAGCGAUAUGCCUAGCCCACCGAAGAGGAUGACGAGGAGGGGGAAGGAGGGGGUGAAGCGGGGGGGGGGGGAGGGACGGCCGUCCGAAUAAAUAAAUAUAUUGCUCAUAAACUGAACGCGUGUCUUGGCUAAUGCGGCGCACCCUGCCCUCUCUCACCACACGGCUUGCAGUGUUGUCUUCAGGCGCCCGCUGAAAUAAACCCCCAACCCAGUCGUGCGUCGUGGUCCCCUCAACUCAUCACGCCCCGUGACGGGAUGGAUGGGUUUAGACGCGAGGACGAACUUGCUCUCUCUCUCUCGCUCUCUCUGGCUCUCUCUGCCAACUGAAUGAGUGUGCGUUUGCGCACAGGCUGCAAAUACAAUAAAAGCUAACGACAAUCUGUUGCAUAAUUUGCUGAGCAAAAUGUUUGUUUUGUAUACCGCAUGUAACGUAAAGCGAACUUUGUAGUCCCGCCCGUUUUGUACGUCGUCGUCGUCGUCGUCGUCGUCGUCAUGGCCGCCGUGACGAGAAGCUCCUGAGGAGCGAGCAGGCGGAACUGUGCCGCAGCCUUCGCCGAAGAACAGGAAGAAAGUGUUUGUAAUUUAGUUCAAGUAGCUAUUAAACACGGGUUUUUUUUUACGGUUGGAUAAAUUGUCACAUUUCCUACCCACCGCCCCCCCCCCCCCCCCCCCCCCAAAAAAAAAAUCUAUAUAAACGUUUAGUUUUGGGUUUUUUUUAGUCGCUAAAUUAAGUUGGCGUUUGCCCACUUAAUAGCUUUGUUGUUGUUUUUGCUACCCCUUGGACAUGGACAGCUCUGUCGGCAUGUAUCCUCACAGUUGCGAUGAUGAAGAUAGAACAGCCCUGCGGAAUAUUUUAAAACACCUACGCAUUCUGGGUAAUAUAUUUGCCUUCCCGUGUCUCCGCAUAUUGAUUAUCUCGCGGUCUUCUUGGCCAUCCAGGCUUUGGCCUUCCAGACUUAACCAGCAGCAUUUGUUUCAACGUUGAAACUGGAGAUCAGAACUUGGUUUGAUAUUUGCCAAUGUUUUUAAGAGAUUUAACGCACCGGGCUUAGGGCUUUGGAUAGAGCAGAGAUUGGUACCACCUGAACUGGUAAUGAUUUAGUGGUGAUACCUAUUCCUUUAUCAAGGAAUCAAGUAUGAAUCACACGUACUUGUGGUGAACAUGCAAACAAACUGAUAAUAUAUGCAUUGUAUUUGAAACUGAUUGGCCUACACCAGAAACAGUCUUCUUUAGGGCUCAGCCUCAGCAGUGUCAGACCAGAGAACGCCAAAAGGCGAACAGCACAAAGACAAACAGCACAAAGACAAUGCACGUAUCAGAGCAUUUAUAGCUAAGGUGAGUAGCUAUAUCAUGGAACCUUUUUGCCAGUAUUAAAGUAUGAAAAAUUAGAAUCGCUUUUACCCUCGAUGUUUGACCAUCUUAACACUUGUUUUAUUGCCAUAAAGGGUAAAAUCUAUUAUUUUUCAUACUUUGAUUCUGGCACUAAGGUCCCAUGAUACCUAUUCCUUAAUAUGGCCAUUAAAACCACAAUAAAGUGAAUUUGCGAAACAACCUUUUAAUUAACAUUUUUUCAUUGUAACUUGCCAACCUUGGAAAUGUAAUUCACAAACAAUUGCAAGAGCCCUGUGAAACUAAAUCAUCCGAAUAACGUUGAACCGUCAAUCCACCGUGGGUCGAAGGCAUUCUCCCGCACUGUGUCGGUCAUGGAUCUGUAUGACCAUUCUCGACGAUGGUUGGUCUAUGUGGGUUGGUCAAGUUAGGAGGGAGGAAAGUUGGGGCCUGACCCAGAAUCGGUUAAGAUAUUACUCUCCGCUGUUAGCCGUGGGCCAGGAAUCUAACCGAACUAUUUGUAGCACGGUGUGCUCGCCACUGUGUGAUCACUCUACCCCCACACACAUUUGGUGUAUGGCAUAAAUUUCAUCUGUGGGAUUUGGGCCAAACAAAAACACGGCCAAGUUGCCUCGCCGAGUGUGAGACCAACAUUCACUUAAAGCUUCCCUGGGUUUUAUGGACUUUUAGGGUGAGGAGUCGGGCAGAUGCGGUUGUCCGCAGCAUUGUGGGGUGGUGUGUGUAUACUUUCCGCAUUUAUUUCGAUUGUUUACACUAUUGCCCGACGUUUUAAAAAAAGUGUAAUUCGUUUUCAGGUACGUUGGAAUGUUUGAAAUAUUUGUACUGUUUUCUAAUUUUUAUAUAUAACAUAACGUUUCGUAAUUUUGUAUACACCUACGCCAUCGCUUUUCAUCGAUAUUGUAUCAAGUUCAUACGUAUAAUGACUACAACAGCGUAUAAUUACCAAAUUCAUAGCUGUCCUGUUUUCAACAGAUAAUACAGCGCAUAAAUCCGCGACGUUGAUAUCUGUUCCGCUUGCGUUUCCUUGGCUUUUGCGUAUUAACAGCAUAAUCAUAACCAGCGGCAUUAUGGCCUUCAUGUAUGUACGCGUUAUGUUAUAUUUACUCUGACCAUAUUCCAUAAUGAUGCUACUGAUAGUGCUUGUUUUGUAUUCUGUACAUACAUGAUUAACAGACACUCAGCAUUACAUGCGAGUGCGUUGUAUCGUUUCUGUUGUGUUGUAGCCUUGGGUACAUCUGUUGUUCAUUCCGUACAUUUGUUUUACAGUAAAAAAAAAGUAUGAGUUACGCAGAA